CGGCUGUGGGGUUGCUCCCGCCCCGCUCCCGCAGGUUUCCGCAGGUUGACACCCUGGCUCCGGGUGCUGUCCCCGCAGGACACAGCGAGCUGAUCUCACGCUGGAUGAAGUUCUGGCAGGGGCAGGACGGUGCCUGGACCUGCAGUACAUGAAGGCUUCUGCCAGCGGGAGAGCUGGGAUUAUUGCUUCAGAGGGUGGUGUAGUAGUGCUGGGGAUGCCACCGUGCUCCGUUGGAGGCCAGGUCCUGAGCUGACUCCCCUCGCUACAGAGGACACCCCAAGGGACACUGGUAGGGGGCACUCCCUGUCCUGGCUGGAUGUGCAUCACAUCAGUUUGGCAGGGCAAAGGUACGGCUGGAUGACGGCUGAGGAUGUGCUAUGGAGCCGGGAUUCAACUGCUCUGAGCUCUGCGACGGCAGCUCCAGUUUUGGCAGCCAGGAGCAGCAGCAGCAGCGGGCGCUGCAGGAGCUCUGCACUGUGACAGUGACAUCUUUUGACCGCAGUGUGAAGAGCUCCCCAUCCUUCUCUGCUGGGCUCCUGGGAGUUGUAUGGACAUUCCUGACUGGAGGAGUCCUGCUAGCACUCUUCUUUCUCAUCUUCACAAUUCGCUUCAGGAAAAACAGGAUUGUGAAGAUGUCCAGCCCCAAUCUCAACAUUGUGACCCUGCUGGGCAGUGGCUUGACUUACACAAGUGCUUACCUCUUUGGGAUUCAGGAGCAGAGCCUGCCAUCUGGAGACUCGAUGGAAAAGCUUAUUCAGGUGAGGCUGUGCCUGCUGUGCGUGGGGACCUCCCUGGUGUUCGGUCCUGUCCUGGGGAAGAGCUGGCGGCUCUACAAGGUGUUCACCCAGCGGGUGCCAGACAAGCGGGUGAUUAUCAAAGACCUGCAGUUGCUGGCAAUGGUGGCAGCAUUGGUGCUGGCAGACACUGUCUUGCUCUUGACAUGGGUGUUCUCUGACCCAGUCCAGUGCUUCCGAAGCCUCAGCGUCUCACUGCGGGCGACAGAGAAAGGCAUGACGUGCUCCGUAAGCCGGGUGCAGUCCUGCGCGUCGCUCUAUUCCGAUCUCUGGCUCAUUCUCAUUUUAGGGUUUAAGAGUAUCCUCCUGCUAUAUGGGACCUACUUGGCCGGUCUGACUGACAACGUCAGCUCCUCACCAGUCAACCAGUCCUUGACACUCAUCGUCGGGGUCAACCUCGUUUUCCUGGCUGCUGGCACCAUCUGCUUAGUUCACCGUUUCUUCCGUACUUGGCACAAUUUGCUGUUUGGUUUUACCUCUGGAGGCAUCUUUGUGUGUACAACCACGAUCAACUGCUUCAUCUUUGUGCCACAGCUCAAGCAGUGGAAAGCCUUUGAAGAAGAAAGCCAAACCAUGAGCUACAUGGCAAAAUAUUUCACCAGCCCGAGCAGGAGCUGCCGCUCAAUGUACAGCGAGGAGCAACUCUACCAGCUCAUAGGGGAGAAAAACUCUAUGAAGCGGCUGCUCACUGAGAAAAACGCCGUGAUUGAAAGCCUGCAGGAGCAAGUGAGCAGCGCCAAGGAGAAGCUGAUGAGGCUGAUGUCUGCGGAGAGUGGCUGCGAGCCCCGUGCGCUGCCAGCAGCUCCCUGCACCUGGAGCUCAGGGCAGCCUGGGGAUGCACCAGGGGACUGCUGCCCCCUGGAUACAGAGAGGGAUGGGUGGCAGCUCCCCUGCUUGCUGAGUACAUCGCCUCUUGGCAGCAAUGCUCAGGCCCUCCAGAAACCUGAAACCCAGGAGCCUGUUUGCUCUCAGGUGCUGCUUUUUAAUACAGGGGACAACACUGAACAUGACCUGCAAGAUGUCCAGGAAUGUGGGAUACCUGCAGUGCAGGGGCAGCCUCCAGAGCAGCUGCCAGGCCAGGACAACUCAGCUGGUGUAGCCUGGGAGUCAUCCCCCAAAGUCAGCUAUGUAAACAGCGAGAAGCUGUGGGAAAUCUUGCAAGAGUUAAGCCUAGAUGGCAAAAACUACAGCCCAGCCUUAUCUGCAGGACCUCUGCUUGGCAACCGGGGCACCUCAGGAGAGCAGGGAGAAACACAGGUGGGCCAGGAGGGCUACCCAGGCAUCCAGACACCCCUCAGCCCCUACCUGGCAAGGCAUCGUCGGAGGAUCCCAUUACCCCCUGCCUCCACACGCUUCCCCGGACACGUAUCUCCUCGUGCCAGCAGCAGGGUGAAGGAGGUGGGCAGCUGGGGCCGUGGGGAGUCAGCACAUAACUCCCUGGGAAAGGGAGGGGAGAUGGCUGGCAGAAGGCUCCUUCACCCCCCAGCACCAUCCCCUCCAGCCAUCCCAAGGGAGGCCAGCCUCCAGCCAGAGGGGUGGCUGGGAUGGCCCGAGUCCCAGGGUGCUUCAUCGUGCAUUGCACAGGAGCAGCGGCGGCGGCAGGGCACCCCGAGGGGACCUGCUGAGCCCUCCCUGCGCUCACUGUACUAUUACCCAGACUCUGACUCCAGCAGCAGCAGCAGCUCUGAGGAGAUGUUUCAUGGCUGCCACCGACCCUGCUGCGAGGUUUGCUUCCAGAGCCCACGUGGCUCCCUGGACAGCAGCAGCACGGACACAGACACAGAGCCCAGUGACUGUGAGGAUCACCAGACAGAGCAUCAUGGUGGGCCCCAGCCUGUGGUGAAUUUCAAAGACGAUCUGAAACCCACUUUUGUGUGACUUGAACUACCCCUACCCCAAAGGCAAAUGCCCUUCUCCCCCGAAACACUGCAUGUUUUCAGCAAUGCUAAAGCCACACGUCCCUCUGGGGAAUCUGCCGUGUUCUGGAAUUUGGGGAUUGGGAAUAAACCUUGCCCUGUUCUGA